AAUGCCCCCUCUCAUCAUUUACUCUUCCCCAGAUUUUGGACAGAGUCUUCCUCUGUACCCUAGGUAGGUCUUGAACUCAUCUCAACCCCCUGCCUCAGCCUCCUGAGUAAUUGGUUACAAGCAUGUACAAUCCAGCUUUCCUUCCUCUUUGGGGUCUGAACCACCCUCCCAGUUUCCACCGUUUGUCUCCCUCCAAAGAGAACUGAACUUGAAGGCCCUGUGAGGGGUCCAGUGCUUGCGUCAUGAAACAACUGAACCAAUGCACGAGGAAGAUGGGGCUUUGUUAACUUCCGGCACUGUGCCUACACAUCCUUCAUGAAGCAGUACAGUUUAUCACAAUGUUGCGCGUGGUAAGCUGGAACAUCAAUGGAAUCCGGAGACCCCUGCAAGGUCUGGGACACAAGGUACCCAGCAACUGUCCCACAGCCUUGAGACACAUUUUAAAGGAGCUGGAUGCCGAUGUCGUCUGUCUCCAGGAGAUCAAAGUGAGCAGAGAUACGCUGCCGGAGCCGCUGGCUGUUGUUGAGGGCUAUAACUCCUAUUUCAGCUUCAGCCGCAGCCGGAGUGGCUAUUCUGGUGUAGCUACUUUCUGUAAGGACACUGCUACACCAGUGGCCGCUGAAGAAGGCCUGAGUGGUCAGUUUGCCACUCUGAACGGGCAUGUCGGUUGCUAUGGAAACAUGAACGAGUUCACCCAAGAGCAGCUCCGGGCUCUGGAUAGUGAGGGCCGGGCCGUCCUUACACAGCACAAGAUCUAUACACAGGAAGGGAAGGAGAAGCUUUUGACCCUAAUCAAUGUCUACUGCCCACAUGCUGAUCCUGGGAACCCCGAGCGGCUGACCUUUAAGAUGCAUUUCUAUCGCCUCCUGCAGAUCCGAGCCGAAGCUCUCCUGGCAGCUGGCAGUCACGUGAUAAUCCUGGGGGACAUGAAUACAGCCCACCGUCCCAUUGACCACUGUGAUGCUGGCAAUCUGGAAUGCUUUGAGGAAGACCUGGGACGUAAGUGGAUGGAUAGCUUGCUUAAUAACCCGGAAUACCAAGCUGGGUCCCAUAUAGGGCCUUUCAUGGAUAGCUACCGCUAUUUCUAUCCAAAACAAGAAAGGGCCUUCACCUGCUGGUCAGCGAUCCAUGGUGCUCGGAGUCUCAAUUAUGGUACCCGACUUGACUACGUCCUAGGAGAUAGGACUCUAAUUACAGACACUUUCCAAGAUGCCUUCCUGCUCCCUGAGGUAAUGGGCUCUGACCACUGCCCUGUGGGAGCUGUCUUGAAUGUGUCCUGUGUGCCAGCGAAACAGUGCCCAGCUCUGUGCACCCGUUUCCUCCCUGAGUUUUCAGGUACCCAGCUCAAGAUUCUUGGCUUCCUAGUCCCUUGUGAACAAGAACCUAUGUGGGAGCAGUCAGUCCCGCAGCCCAGCAAACAGGUCCAGCCACAGAAACAAAGAAAGGCACAAGCACACGGGCACUUAUGCAGGCCUCAAAAAUAUCAAGGUUGUUCCAGACGACACCAGAAAACCCUGCUGGGUUAUUUUCAGCCUUCUGUUAGCCUUUCCCAGACUUCUGGUGUGGAACUACCUAAGCUCCCUCUGGUGGGCACUGUUGUAACUCCAACGCCUCUGGAAAGAGAUAUGAUAGCCACAGGGACGGAUAAGCAGGACCAGGUUUCUGAGGUCAGAAUUGAGAAGGAGGCCCGGGCCUCGUUCUGGAAGUCUGUGCUGAGCGGGCCCUCACCCAUGCCUCUCUGCAGAGGACACAGGGAGCCAUGUGUGAUGCGGGUUGUGAAAAAAUCAGGACCCAACCUGGGCCGCCAUUUCUACAUAUGUGCCAAGCCACAAGGUCCUCCAAAUGACCCCUCAUCAAGCUGCAACUUCUUCCUGUGGAGCAAACCCAGGUGAACCAGCUGAGGCCUGGUGAUGUCUAGUCUGGUCACCCCUACCCAGGGUCUGACGCCAGAUCUCCACCUCCUAAGAUGCCUUCUCCCUUCUUCCUUUCUUCUUAGCUUCCUCUUCCCUUUCCCUGCCCUAGCUUCUCCUGAGACAGUCUUCUCACACUUCUCCCUCUUUGUCCACACAGGGACAAGCUGCUCAGGAAGUUGUCAUUUUAAAGCCCCGAUGCUGGAAUGGGCAAUGUAUUUGUUCGUAAGCAAAGUCUGUGUCUUUGUUUCAGUGUUUAAAAAACAAGAAUUCUUGGGCUUGAGAAUCACACGAUGACAUAUCUCUUCUCUGUGAAGAAAAUUCACCUGUACUCCUCUUAGGAUGUGAUACAGUGACACAGCAAAAUUCGUGGUUCUUGCUAAGUGACACAAAUGUGACACAACACUUAGAGGCUUGAUGCAAAGAGAAGACCUACAGAGCAGAAGCCUCUCAAUUGCCGCACCUGGCGCUCCACACGACAGCGCCGCCAUCAGCCACCUCCACUGUAUAACAGAAUGCAACUUUGGGUGCAUAUACAUUUUUUAAGUGCUAUUUGGAUUUUAUGGAUUCUCUAGGAGGGCAAGAAACAGGUUUGGGAGUCACCCAGGCAAAAAUAGCAUCGCCAGGAACUCCACUGAUGGUAAGGUAAAAGAGUCUUUGAUUAACUUCUAGAUAGCAGGCUAUCCUUCCAUGCUAGACCAGUCAUGGCUAUUUUUUUGGAAUAGAAUUUAUAGAAGUGGAUGGCAGGUGCUGGGAGGAUCCUGAUGUUGGCUUGCUAUAUCAUUCUCAAAUUCAUUGCACAUAUCUGCCUGAUGUGAGGCUCUGACAUAAAAACUGCUUAGAGCAGGUUCUGGUUCCUUCUUUUUUAAAAUGGGAGUAAUUUGUACUGUCAUGGCCAGCUUAAACUGUCAACUGACACCACCUAUAGCAUGUGCUAUAUGCAUACACAUAACGUUCAGUCAUAUGACAGAGAGGACAGCCUUAGUUGAAAGUUUCCUAGAUUGAAUUGGCCUAUCUGUGGGGACUGUCUUGAUUGAUAAUUGACGUAGGAGUCCAUACCCACUAUGGGCAGCACCAUUCCCUAGCCAGGUGGUCCUAAACUGCAUAAAAAGCUAGCUUAUCAUAAGCCUGUCUAUGAGCUAGCAAGCAGUGUCCUCUGUGUUGCCUGCCACACUUUUUUGCCUAUGAAGUGAGUUCCUUGGUUGAAGGUAAUGCUGUAUGGAAUAGCAAGCAAACUGACCUUCAGGUUUCUGCCUUCAGCUCCUGCCUGGACUUCCCUCAGUGAUGGACUGUAACCUGAAGUUAUAAACUAAUAUAUACAUCUCUUUCCCCUAGGUUGUCUUAGCUCAGAGAAUUUUAUCACAGCAACAAAACAGAAACUAGAACACUGCUUGUUGCAUAGCUUUGAGCAUUUUGUAAGAAGAAAGAAAAUGUAAAAUUCUUAUAAAACUGCUCAACAGCUGCAACAACUCUACCAAUGCCGGCUUUUUAGAAGGCUGUUGUGUUUGUUCUGACAAGCUUGAAUUAGAAGCUGAAACCUUGGGAUCCUGAAGGGUGAGGUGGCAGUAAAAAAGAGUGAGUGACUGGUUCUCUUACCUACCAGAAGGACCUAUAACCUUUCGCUAGCUUUGAAUCAAUUUAAGUGACUAAUACUUCCCCACCCAAAGUAAAAAUACCCAGCUACCACCUGAGAACAGAGUUGGCUCCAUCUCAAGUGAGAUCCCCUCCAAAUCCUCUCAUUAAGACAAAGAUGGAACUCUUCAGACUCAUGCCUGUGACUUUGAGAUCUGUUAUUUUCAUUCUUUGAGCCAAUACAUUUAGUAGCCUGCCUUGGUAUUGCCAACCCAGUCCCUCCCUGCUCUCCAGAGUGUGGCUGACCACACUGCCAUUAAAGGUCAGUUCAGCAGCUCACCUUGAUAGAAUGAGAAAUAUCCUCCCUUCUUUUUUUUUUUUUUUUUUUUUUUUUGUUGUUGUUGUUGUUGUUGUUGAACAUCAAGAAGUAUAACUGAGAUCGGUGGUGACAACCAAGGGAAGCAGGUGGUCCUCCCCUGACUCUCCUGCCACAUUUUCUUCUUCCUUGAUUGAUCAUCUCACUUCCCUAACAUUUACUCCCAUUGCCAUCCCUCAGCACACCUCACUCUCUUGUCUAUAAAACUCACUGGUCAAAUCAGGCCAGGUUUGGAUUCCAUUCCCCCUGUGUUAUGUGACCGUGGCCAACGUACUUAGCUUCUCUGGCCUUUGGCUUCCUUAAGCAGAACAUGAUGUACAUUGCUGGCCAUAAGAACUGGAAAAGGGCUGCUUUGAUUGUCAUUACGUUCAAGAGCAUCUUCUGUCUUGCAGUGUGGAAAAUAAGGGUGAGAGGGAGAAGAGAGACAGUAGGGGGCAGCAGAGAACACUGUGGAGGGUUGCUUCAGUGAUAUCUUAAUAUUUCUUAAGAGAGUUGUUUUUUAUUUUAUUGUUUUUUGUUUGUUUGUUUGGUUUUUUUUCUCACAAGCAAACAGCAAUCCUCUUAAGCAACAACAAGUCAAACUCAGGAAGGAAGUGGAAGCAAGGGCUCCCGGUCAUCCAUUAGCUACACAGUUCAAGCCUAACCUAUACUACAUGAGAUUCCUUCCCAAGACAGAACAAAAUGAAAGCCUUCCCAAACCAAGCAAUUAAUCCAAGUGGUUUUCACUGGACUCAGUGGUGCAAAUGGUGACCUCGGGAUGGCAGUGCCUUGAUUUCUAAACUGAAAAUAGAUACAGUGCUCAGAAGCCUCACACAAACUCUACUCUAGAUAACUAUGGAAAUGUAAUAUUUAGCAAUGUUCCUACUGGUGUCAGUAGAAUUUCAAAUGUCCCCUUGGUGUCAGUGUGGGUCCCCAAACUCUUAUUCAACUGCACUCUUGUUUCAGGCUUCGUGUUCUGCUUUCCCUGCAUUACCAACAACCUGACCAUGGUUCAGGUUCUUUAAACAUCAAAACCAGGGCUAUAUUCUACAACGAAUAAGUCCGUAAUUUCUCAGUCUAUACGGUGUGAUUUUAACUAAAAGUUCUGGAUUAUACCCAGCUUGCAGGGAUGACCAAGUAUAUAGUAUACAGCUUGCAGUAUACAAACUGGCCAAAGGAAAGUCAAGUUGGGCUGGGUAUGGAUUUAGUCCCAGUACUUGAGAGGCAGAAGCAGAAGGAUCUCUCUGAGUUUGAAGCUGGCCUGGUCAACAUGGCAAAUCUUGGGCCCAUCAGAGCUACAUGACAUCUCAACAAAAGAAAAGAACAUUGAUUUGUUGUUUUGCCAGUAUAAUGGUAUUAUGUACAACUAAGAUACUAUUUCCCAUUUAAAAAAUCACAAAAUCAAACCCAUACAUUACAUGGAUGUCCCCACUAAAGUGAUCAUUAUAGAUUUCUUUAGUCUGAAGAAAAUUCUCAGUCAUGAGAAGGGUAUGCCAUUACUUUACUAUAAUCCAGCCAAUGAGCAAAGAAGUCAAGUGCCCUGGGGUAUGCAGAGGGAUACUUGUGAUUAUUCAUAUCCAUUCGCAGACUAUCAGUGACCAAUUCAUUUGCCCUCUUCCUCUGGUUCAUGAGGAAUAGGCACCUUUCCUGAGACUUCAGUGCAGUGACCAGUCAUGCAAAAUAAGUUCAGGUCCUUAAUCUGUUUGGUGUUCUUGUGAUGCUGGAAGGUCCUGAUAUUUAAAGGUCAAGUCUACCAUGUCUAGACAGCUCCCCUGGGAUUGUCACCAAACGGAUGAUUCCCUUUCCCAACAAGGCUUCUACUUCUCUAUGUUACCUGGGGAGCCCGACCCCAACCCUCUACCUAAGGAAUGUCAUGUAAUCCUUGGAGAAAUUACAGGUCCCGUUUCUUGGAAUACCUUUUCAAGCAAAUGAGGUAUCCCCAGAACCUUAAGCUGCAGCCAGUGAAACUUCUAGGAAGAACCCCUUCCCACUAUCCAAGGUUUAAAUAGUCCUUGUUCACCCCGAAUAAAGAACACAAACUGUUUCACUGAAUAUUGUCCAAGAGAGCUGUUUCAUUGAAUGCCCUCUGCAAGAGCUAUAACGCUGAAGUCUUUGGAGAAGAUCCCCCUCUCCACUUCCUUCUCCCCAGCAUUCACUGCAGAGAUGGUAUCUUGCUGACUCACCCAUUCCAAAUGUCAA